GGGUUUGUCACGAAAGAUUGCUGUGAGUGGCUCUAGAAGUCUAGAUAAUUUAAAUCAGUGUGUGGAAAAUCUAUCAAUUUGAGCGAGCUGUUGAUAAAUUUACUCCAAUCAAAAACCAAUACUUUGUGAUUUGCUCCUUGGAAAAUACCAGCAAUAAAAAGGACAUUCGACGCUUCAUGUAAACAACAACAAACGAAUUAGAGGCCCAAAACCGUAUCCUGAGAAGAGUCAAAUUAGUAACUAAAAAGGGAAAAGUUAGGAUCUUCUAAGCAACAUCAACAAGUCAUCAAUAUCGUCUAACGGACCACGGCCACGAUCUAUCAUCAAGGCAAAGGUCUGGAUCUCGCAACGUGUGACCAGCAGACAGACUGUUUAAGAAAUUAUAAAAAGGACAUAAAAAUUGGCACCUCGAACAAACAACAACAAACGUGUCCGGAGGUCUAGAAUCAGAAGCCCGAAACCGUUUCUUGUGAACAUAUUAAAUAAAAGGACUGUCUUCGUGCUCAAAAUUAUGGACCUCCAAAAAUGGAUAGCGUAUUACAACCUGAAGGAUGCCAUCUCAAAAAAAGACCACGCAAAAGUGCAGAAAUUCCUGCAAGGAGAUAUCGACGUCAACUUUCAAGAUGCAAACAAUGCUGGGAAAACCUUGCUGCACAUUGCUGUGGAAAUUGGUGAUUUGAGUAUAGUCCAAAUGCUGCUGAAUUGUGAUGCCAAAAAUCUGUGCAAUUUCAAUAACGAUACACCUUUAAUGUUGGCCUCGAGGUUAUACAGUCAAGGUGAAGUUUUCGCAUUUCUCAGCGAGCGUUGCAAGGAUCCAAGAAUUGAAUCAGCAAUGGUGGCUGAACCUGAAAUUACGUUUCAGCGAGAUUUGGUGCACAAUUGUGGACAACAGACGAAGUAUCAAACACUUGUGGGGGCGUACGUUUUAUUAAAAUGCCAACCGCGUUUUAAAACCGACAAAUUUUAUCUUACAUAUGGGCUGAAAGGAGCAGGAGCGUUCAACGAUAUUGUACUCGACAUUUCAUCGCCAUUAGGCUCCAGGACGAUAUUUGUUCAAAUAGUAAGAAAAGAAGAAACCGAUAUUUUAAACUUGCGAAAACAUUUUAUGGAUUAUAUUGAAAUAAGAGAGAAUCAUAGCAAACUAUUCAAAAAGAACUUUUCAACGUUGAAAGUCGAGCUGAUAUUUUUCACUUGUGCAUCCAUCAAUGCCGAGAGUAAAGUUGUAAAUUACUUGGAACCAUUUGAUAUCGCACCUGAUGAUUUUUUCAAGACCAAUGCGCAAGGCAAAGGAUUCUUGAUGAAAAAUAACCAGACAACAGAGCAAUUUGUGCUGGACUCUUUAGAUCAACCACUAAUUGAGGAAAUUUUCUCAAAGGAAGGGGUCAGCCCAGAUAAGAUCGCAGCUGAUUUUCUCAAAUGUUUAAAAUUUUACUACUGCCAGGCAGAUGAAACUGAAAUGAAAGAUAUUUUACUUGGUGAAAUAGGUAACAUUGGGACACCUUGUGAGCUGGACAUUCAAGCUACUUUUGAGAAUUUUUACCACUCGAUUGAGCAUUACCGUGCAAAAGCAGGAACAGUUAAGUUUUUGACAGAAAAAUGUGACUUUUUGAAGAAUUCCAUUACGUUUACGAGUGGAAAUAUAUUCAGUGGAUGCACCUAUGAGACUCGACCAGGAAAGGCUAGCAUUGCAGGACAACUCUAUGAAUCAAAGCUAUUAGGGCUUAUUCUGAACCGAUUGAAACAAAAAAGAAUUGAUUUUAAUUUGGGAUCCAACGUUGAUGGAGUUGGACAAUUUGACGAUUUGGUCAUGAGAUAUUUUGACGAAGCUCAACAGAAAUACAUGUAUGUGUUUAUCCAGGCAAAACAUCGUGAAAAUCCAGGGAAGCAAAAAAUUACAGAUUAUCGGAUAAGAAAUUUACAGAAAAAAGAUGAGUUCAAUUUGUUUACAAACUUUGGAGAUUACUUAGAUAUCAGAGAGAAAUUCAAGCAACCAAAUGCAGACAAAUUCUUCCAAACAAGCUUCGAUAAGAUCGACAUUGAACUUGCUAUUUUCACCACCACACAAUCUUGUAUCACUCAUCCUUAUCAAGCAGAUCAAAAUUAUCUGCUCAAAACAAAUGAAAAAGGGAGGGCACUUCAUAUUAUGCCUAACGAUGAAAUACUUGUCAAUUUGCUCCAAAAAGCAGAUAAAACAAAAAUAAGAGAAAUUCUCCAAAAUGAAGGAAAAGACGUGAAUGAUCUAAAUUGUAAAUCAAUCAUUGAAGAUUUUUUCAAGUCAUAUAAAAUUUACUACAACCAAGCAAACGAAGAAAAAGUGGGAAAAAUCAAUAUGGAUGAAAUUGGCACAGAUGAUUCAGUUUUAUAUCUAAUUUAUCACGAUUUGGUUCAAACAUAUUGGAAAAUGGAAGGACAUGUAAAUUUCCUAACGAAAGAGUGCAAUUUUCUAGAAAAAGCCAAACAGAAAGUGAACAAUCAACCAAAACUUAGAAAUGUCACCGAAAUUUGUUUUAAAUUCUCACAGCGAUUCAAUUUGGAAUUCACUCAAGAGUCAUUCCAAGAGCUUGGUUUCGAUCAAAUUCUUGCUGACGAAAGAAUAAUCAACGUUUGGAGCAAAGUUCCAAUCCUGAGCAUGGUUAAAAUUUGCCAACAUUUGAUGCAAAAAUUUAAACAAUCACUCGCCAUUGUGGAUUUUGAUCAAGUUGCAGUUGAAAGUGGGGAAAUUUUAUCGAUGUUUUUAAAACCGAACGAAUUCAAAUGUUUAAUCGUCCGCAGUUCUAAAGAAGUUGCAGAGUUGAAACAAUCCCAACUGAGAACGAAACUGGCAGAGUGUGGAAAAAUCAUCAUUUUGAUCAGUGAAGCUGGGUUGAGACCGGAAUUGUUCCAAAUCAAAGAUUGGUGGAUUGAUUUUGCGGAUCUCACGACGAACUGUCGAAGUGGUUUGAUGGAGAGUAAAAUGGUUUCAUUCCAGGGCAGACCGACAAAACUCGUAGAUCUCAUUGGGGCACUUGAUGAGAAUGGGUCGAAUGCCCAUGACAAAUUAAUCACUGGAGCGAUCUUUCUCAAUAUGCUUGCAAAUGAUCAAUUUGAAAUUGCUCCAUUGGACAAUGAACAAAUUCCUUAUUAUAUUGCCCGGCGUUUUAAAAUGUUGAGAAAAAUAAAAAGCUUUCAAAAUCAUGAAAAAUUCGAGAUAGUUGAUGACACAAAAAAUAUUCAAGAAAACCUCAAAGACUUAGUGAUCAUCUCGGAAGCAAGAGAGCACUUUGAUGAGAUUUGCUCUCGUCAUCCAUUACGCAAUGUUCACUGGUUCAAACGGCACAAAGAUCAUUUUUUAUGGCAAUGUUCGUCGAACAGUGUUGCCAAACUGCGUGAUGCAUUGCAAUACGAUGAUGAAGAGUUUUCUUUGGAAAAUUUUGAAUCAUUUUCCGAACAAGUGGUGAUCAUAGCUGAUGAACCAGGAAUGGGAAAAUCCACCUUAAUGACCCAACUUGAGCAACAAAAUGAGAUUUCCAGUCUUUCGAUGGUAAUUCGAAUCAAUUUAAAUGAUUACACUUCAAAAUUUAAGAGCAUGGAAAACAAGACUGUAGAAUUUGAAGAAGUAAAAAGUUUCUUACUUAAUGUGCUGCAAAAAAGCAAAGCAAAUUCAAACAGUGAGAUGAGUAAAUUUGAACAAAUCUUGUUUGAUAGGUUUCUAAAUAAAAAAAAUGUGAUUCUCUUAGUAGAUGGGUUUGACGAGAUAGCUCCCAAUUAUGUCGAACCAGUCUUGGAAUUUCUAAACACUGUAAAAAACCGCGUUAGGAAGCUGAUCAUUACUACACGUGACAAUAGUGCAAAGAAUAAACUUGAGAGCAGUUUAAACGUUUUUGCGCACUCUUUUGUUCCAUUCACAGAAAACGAUAUUCGUAACUUUUUGGAAAUGUUUUGGACAACUAAUCUCAAAGACACUGACUGGAACCAUUUUCAAUUCGAAAAAUUUGUGACUUCAUUGUUGAAUGAAUACACACAAAAUGAUUAUAGUGGAGAAAGUUUUAUGAGCACUCCUUUGCACAUUGAAAUGAUUGCAACAUGUUUUCAAGCAGAGUUUGAAGAGUACAUAAAAUCUGGUAGUUCUAACAUCUUGAACAAGCUUAGAAGAGAAUUUAAUUUAUAUUCUCUUUACGAAAAAUUUAUAAAAAUUUAUUUAGGGAAAAUUCCAAUGGAUCCGUCUUCCAUGUUGUACAAUGAUUACAAUUUUCGUGAAACGUUUGAGGAAUCGCAUACAAGACUUGCUUUGUGUUCCAUUUUUGAUGAUGAUUUGUUAAAUUUAUUACUAUCGAGAGAAGAGCAUGCUAAAAUUAAAACAGACAUCGAAAAUGUAAAAACUGGGAAAGAAAAACGGGGUUUCAUCAGUCGAAUAGUGGAUGGAAAGCCGCAGUUCGCUCAUUUGACAUUUGCCAAGUUUUUUGUCGCAAAAGCUGUCUGGAAAUGGCUUAAACAAUAUUCGUCUGAUCAGCAAGACGCAGCGAAAGUUCUGCUGAAGAAUUUAAUCGAAAAUGAUAGGCGACAAAUUUGUCAAUUUAUUCAUGAUAUUGCACUGAGAGAGUCUUCUGCAUCAGAAAAUGCGACAAUUUUAGUGGAUCUGAUUUUAGGUGAGCUCAAGAGCCUUUCUUUUGAUAGAAAUGAUUGCUAUGUGUUUCUAUGUGAUGAUUUCUUACUUAGUGUUGUGGAACAUUGUUUGAUUAAUUUCUCUGACGCAAUGCUGAAUACAAUUAAUUUGUUAACAGACGUUGAAAAAAUUAAAGUUUUGACUUCGUCAGCCAAGAUGGGUUAUUCAAAGUUGGUGCGUAUUUUAGCCACUCAAUUCGGGAUGGAUGUUUUCAAGAAAGCAAUGUCUGAAUACCUUUCUUGGAAAUUAACACCACUUGGCUGCGAGGAAUCAUCAUUAUGAAAUUGUAAUAUCUCUUGUAAGAGAAUUUGGCUACGAUGUCACAUGGUUUGAUAAGGAUGAAGAUUCUUUUUGGUCUCAUUUGCUAAUUAAUGACCUAUUUGAUAUAAUUCAAUACCUCCUCAAAAUGGGACCCUACGAACUUGGCCAGCCAUACGCAAACAACUCAUAGCUUCCCUUAUAUGAUGCACUCAGACGUGAAAAAACACCUCAGAAUGUGAUUGAAAUGCUGCUGGAUGUCACAGACGUUGACAUUUUCAAUACAAACUACUUUCCCGACGUCAGUUUUCAUUUGCUCCGUCCCGAUCUGUCAUUGACGAAACAGUUUUUGGAGAGGGGCUUUUUACUAAGACAGUCUAUGAUCUAUUUGCGUGGAGAUCAAAUCAGGCCUCAUUUAGAUGCUUUCAAAUUUGAUCCCUUAAACCGAGUUUGGAUCGAUCGAAUGCAAUUUUUGUGUGAAAACGGCGUUGGAUUCGAUACAAAAUUACCGGCAAGACUUACAGCAAUUCAUUGCAUGUUGCAGCUAUUUAAAAUAGUCACAUUGGACAAGACCAAUUGGGUAAAGACACUCUUGAAAGCUGUUGUUACCUGUGGAAAGUGCAAUGAAAUAACUUUGGAUAUCGGAUCGUAUAUGGUGCGAUUAGUUUUUGACGGUAAUACUAUUGAGUUACAUGAAAUCAUGGAUGAUGUUGCUUUAGCGAAAAUAAGGCAACACUUUAAGGAUGAACAUUUGCCUAGCGUAAUAACAUGUAAGGAAGAAAUUCUGCGAGUUAUGGAUUUGGCUGACCUUCCACAAACUACGGACGAAAUGAAACAUAUCCAGAGUUUUUUUUGAAAAGGACCAAUAAGCUAUUGUCUUUCAUAUGUUUAUAGGACCUAAUAAAAAAACUCGAGAUAUCGUUUCAGAAGUAUUUGUUUUUUGGUUAGGACAUGAAAUUAAAGCACUUUUAAAUGCGAAAUUGAAAAAGGAAUUCUUAAAUCCAGAAUUUCACGUUCAAAUAAAUAGGAUUCUAUUAGAACUUACACAGUUCAUGGCGGAUUUGUGCACGAAAUGGCGCAACAUAAUGACUGCAAUUGAAAAUGACGAUCUACACAGCAAAAAAACCGAUGGGAAAAUCGCAUGCAAAAGCAUGCACAUCACCUUCGUCAAAAUAAACACUUAAUAUUACAUACUGCAUGUACAAUUUUUGCAAACACAAAAAAAAAGUUGCAACCGACGGGAUUCAAACCCAGCACCAUCAGUAAGGACUGGCGCCUUAGCCCGCUCGGCCAUCUGACCGAUGAAGGGUGGAAAGGAUAAACACAUAUAUAAGCUUGACAUUUCGUUCAAGUAGGUUUCCCAUACUGAUUGGCUACAUAUUUCAGGGUGUAAUAUUACACUGAAUUUCAUAAAAUAAUGCAAAAUUUUUUUUACACCCAGGCCUUUUACAUGCAGCUGGAUUACUACUUUUUUAGCUGUGUAGAUGGAAUUCGCGUUGAACUUGAAAGCCUUGAUUUGAAUUUGCGCAAAUCAGUAAUAAAUAGUUGGGACGAUGAAUACGGAUCCCCUUUGCAUUUAGCUGCUUAUCAACGAAAUUAUCAAAUAACAAAGUUUCUUCUUGAAAACGGAGCCAAUCCAAACAGUAGAACUGAUCGAUAUUGCACACCUAAAAAAAUGUCAUUUGAUAAAAAUGUCAAAAACAUAAUAGCACAUAUGGCAGUCACUCCAAUGUUCAUCGCCGCAGCAAAAGGUGACUUGCCAAUAGUAAAGUUGCUACACGAAAAAGGAGGUUACAUUAAUGCCAAAACUUUCCUCAAUAAGUACACACCUUUAAACGUAGCAGAAGCUGAUGGCCACUCUGAUGUAAUUGAAUAUCUAAUUGGAAAUGGAGCUGAACGAGGAAGCGGCUACCCGCGUAAUAUGGUUGUACGCUAAUCUGAUUCUCAUUCCAACUGAUAACAUUUAUUUGUUCGGGCUGAUACAGAAAGUAAAGUUAAACUUAAGUUGCCCAUAAUCUCAAAAUAAUAUCUUUUUGUGUCUAUCAGUUUUUUUUCUAAAUUUCAAUUCAAUUUUAUCAAUUUAUUUUAAUUACGAACGAAGCCUUGAUGCAUCGUUUUCCGAAAAAGAUGCCUUGAUGAGAGUUAGAUGCCAAAAGUUAAAUUAAAAAUAUUGCCUUGGGCUAAACUUUCCAAAAGACAGAAAACAUCUGCAGUACCAAGAAAAACCUAUUGGAGGUGCGAUUUAGAGGGUGCAGAAACUGCUAGUAAACAUACGUUUUAAGAUAAAUUGUAUAAAAUUGUUAAGACAUAUAUUUGUUUUAGAGGUCUUAGAUUGUAAGUAGCUUUAUAAAUAAACAAGAAAACCUGUAAAAUCAGACCAAA